AUGAAGAUUGGCACACAUAACGGUUAUUUCCACGCGGAUGAAGCCCUGGCGAUUUAUAUGCUGAGGCUCUUGCCGGAAUACAAAAACGCGGAGGUAGUGAGAACAAGAGAUCCCGCAGUUCUGGACAACUGCGAAAUCAUAGUGGACGUAGGAGGAGUCUACGAAAGAGAUAAUGAGGAUUCAGAUCCCUCGAAGCACAGGUACGAUCACCACCAAAGGGAGUUCAACGACCACUUCGACGAAGAGCACAAGGUGACGAAGCUGAGCUCAGCAGGACUGGUGUACAAGCACUUCGCAAAAAGAAUUUUCAAGGAGGUGUACAACGUCAGCGACGAUGAGACAGUGGAGUACCUGUACACCACGAUCUACGACAGGUUCAUAGAGUCGAUGGACGCAAACGACAACGGAGUAGCACUGAGCGACGGGGAGCUUAAGUACAAAAUAAGCACGGACCUGCCAAACAGAGUGUCACGCCUGAACCCAUCGUGGAAGGACAAAGAAGUGAAGGACGUAGACGAGAGGUUCAUGAAGGCAGUAGAACUUACGGGGCAAGAUUUCGAUUACUUUGUGAGCAACGAACUGAACGUCAUACUUCCCGCAAAAACGCACCUGGAAAAGGCACUGGAAAAGAGGUUUGAAACACACAAGUCGGGGAAAGUGAUAGAGAUGAUAAAGUCGUGUCCAUUCUCAGGCUUCCUCUACAAACACGAGGAUGAGCACGGCUUGAAUGACAAGGACAGAGUGCUGUAUUACCUAACAUUCGACGAAUCAUCGAAUCAAUGGUUAGAAGGAAGAGGAAAUGAUCAAGUGUGUAGGAGGUCCACCUGUAUCAAGGAAAAGGGAACACAGUUUAAGUCUAGGUUGCCAUUUCCAGAGCACCUGAGAGGGCUCCGAGAUGAGAAUCUGGAGAAGGCAUCGGGAAUCCCAGGACUGACGUUCAUCCACGCAACAGGGUUUACAUGUGGAGGGAAAACGAAGGUAAAAUAA